AUGAAACAGCAGAUCAGCGUUGCAAAUAAUCCAGUUUUGCUGCGACAGUUCCCAAGCCUUCCCAGCCUUCCGAAUCCGCCGGCACCUUUCAAUCCGCCAACUAUUCCAAAUCCGACAAAACCAACGCCUCAGAGCCAACGCCAGCAAUUCAAAGAGUGGUUAAAAAAUUACUUCUAUUACACCAAUAACUACAACUUGUACAAUCAACAACCAUAUCCAAACCCUCCAGUAUACCCAAAUCCCCCCACUUUUCCCAACCCUCCAAAUUAUCCAAAUCCACUUCCCCCCUAUCCCUACCCACCUCCACCGUACUAUCAAGGGUUUUCUGCACCCUCGUCUCAAUCAGCUCCGAUCUCACAAAAUUAUCAAUGGCCGCAGCAACAAAAUUCUGACCCAGGAGAUUUUGAAUUCCCCAAGCCUAUAAUUUACAACCCUCCUAACGCUCUGAAUCCGCCUAACCCAACAAACGCCCCAAAUCCAACAAACGCGCCAAACCAGCCAAAUCCACUGCCUCCACCUUCCGGUUUCCAAUACCCAAACCAGCAAGGUUGGGCGGCUCAACAACAACCCUUCUACCCACCAAAUUAUCAGCAAGCUCCAUUCGGAUUUAAUUACGCACCCCCGAACGGUGGUCCGACUGGUUUCAACCCUCCCAACCCCCCUAACCCACCGAAUCCCACAAACCCUCCCAACCCUACGCUGCCUCCUCAACAGCAAAAACCGCAGACCGCUGGAAAUAAGCCUCAAGGAGGGAGCGGCGGGAAUAAGAAAAAAGGCACCACCACCACCACCCCCAGGCCGCAAAUACUGACAGUAAACCCUCAGUCACCAAGCGCCAAAUAA